AUGAUGGUUGGUAAUGACAUCUGAUGUGUCAUCAUGGCAACAGAAUUAUAUAAUUCCACAGUGAGUACAUUUGAAUUAAAAAAUACAACGACAUCGGAAACAAACUUGCAAGAGGUGUGGUCUAUGCCUGUUAUCGCUACAGUUAUCACUGUUGUUUAUCUAUCUCUUAAUACACUCCUAGGAUUAUCAGCUAAUUGUCUACUAAUUAUCAUAAUCAACCAUUCCCCGACACUGAAAACGCCGGCAAACGGCCAUCUGAUAAAUAUAUGUGCAAACAAUCUGAUUUUGUGCACGUGUAUGAUUUUAUCUCUACUGUCAAUUUUGCUGCCUAUGGAUUUACGUAAUAAAAUCAAUAUCUUAACAGGAUUUCACGUAUUUCUAAUAUCAAAUUGCUUAUUUCAAUACUUGGGAACAUUUGCUUCAAUCGGAUACUAUAGAUCAAAAAUCAUUAAAAGUCCUUCGAUGUCAAUUAGAAGACGGCGUCAAAUUAUCACACGGUGUCUGGCGUCAUCAUGGGCGACGUCACUUGUAGUAAGCCUCAUGAUGUGUCUUUCUCACAUAGAACAUGACGUGUAUGCUUGUAUGACACUGAACCCGUUUCAAGAAGAAUUUCUAAUAUGUGGAUCAACACGAAACUAUUCCGCCCAGAGAUUAGGAGUUGUUGUUAUAAGCAUUUUUGUUUUUAUUACAAUGUUCAUGAUAAUUGUGAAGUCAUAUCACAAAGUGUUCAAAACGCUAAAUAAAGGCAACGUUUUUGGUAAAAACAGAGUAUCUCCUGUAGCAAGAUCACUCAGUUUACCCUCAGAGAUUACAGAUGACGCCCCUGUACAACAACAAAUACAACCUAAUCAAGUGUGUGGUAUUCAGAAUGGACAGUCGGACAAAACAGUUUACACGAUUUCGCGCAAGGAUAUAAAAUCAGAAAAUGACAUUGUUGUGCAUUAUCAACGAAACGAUAGUAUCACUAUGCUGACGUUUGAAGAUAUCAUUGCGUUAGAGAAUCCUAUUCUGGCGACGCAAAUGCGAAGACAGAUUCUGCAAAGGCGCCCCCUACAAUUGACUCGUAGCACGGCAAGUAACAACUCCGUGAAGUCUAAAGGGCAAGAGUUUACUGAUAUAUCCGCUAGUGCUGAUUUACAAAGAUUACAAAACUUUAAGAACAAUUCUGCUUUGAGGAACUACUUUCUUAGGAGAGAUCGUGCAGGUUUCAAUAGUGCAACAAGGAACAGUAUAGUAAUGUUGGCUUCAUUUAUAGUGUGCUCGUUGCCAAUGUUCGCCUGUAUGAUACCGCACGUGCUCUCUCAAAACAAGGAAAGUCAUAGAGUGCUGAUUCUGUUAUUCACCAAACUGGCAUUUUAUCUAAAUGCCCCUAUUUAUCCGAUGUGGUAUCUCGUUCAGAACAAACGUGUUCGGAAGUGCUUAUUUAGAGUGUUUGAUUCGCUUUGUCUCAAGUUGGACAUGCGUCACUAGACAUAAAUUUGAAUUGUACCACAUCUUCAACAUUUGUGUUCAGUAUUUAUUGAAAUUAAUCAGCAAUUUCCGGACUGAAACGAAAAUUGUUAAAAAUCUAAACUGUAACACUAUUGUAGUGUGAUUUAAUUGGUUCGUUUAUGAUAUAAAUGCAGUCUUCAUGUCUACAUGUGUUUAUAAAACCGUCACUAACGCUACCAUAUAUUUCUCUUAACUAUAAAAUAAAAGGAUAUAAGCAGGUUCGUUAAAUUGGCAGAAAAAAUUGUUUGUAGUUAUUGUUAUAAAAAUCCUACCAUGAAAUGAAGUAUGAAAGAGACCAAUAGGACAGGAAACCAUUAGUGUAAAAAAUUACCUUUUGCCUAAAUUCGUUGGAUACGGCAGGGCAGGGUAUCGAUACUCGUGGAUUGACUGUACCUAAAGUUACUAGUCAACCACCUUUUAAUUUCAUGAAUACAUAUUUAUUUUAAGAAAUAAGAAUUAAUAAUCGAGGCCAGUGAUGCUUUGACAGUUCACCAACUCUUAAGGAGCGGCAUAUGCGCUAAACAUAGACAUAUUUAAAGAGCAAUGUAUCAUUUUGUCAGGGAUCGUUUUAUUGAGUUUUCUGAUGGUAUUACUUAUUGAUGUAAAAUACCUGUUUAAACUUCUUUUUUCUUUUCUGUAUAAAAACAUUAUGAUUACAGAGUUUGAAUUUGUUUUAUAUAGAUAAAUGUAUUUCGC